UAAGAACUUGUGUGGGGAUAUUGUUGGCACACAACCGCUUGCUUCACAUAGUGCAAGAAGAACGUACUUACUGGACACAUAGAUCCCUUUUCAAAGAAUACAAUGAAUAGAUCCUGUGGUCUGCUAAAUUCCCAGAAGGAAGCAGUUCCUCUGAAGAGCAUUGAGGUGGAGCUGGAGGUGAGGGACCAUGUGGCUACAGUGGUCUCCACUCUGAACUACGAAAACAAGGAAGACAAACCAUUAGAGGCUGUUUUUGUCUUCCCUCUGCCUGGAGAUGCUGCUGUCUGUCAUUUUAGUGCUCAGCUUGGACAGACACAGAUUGUAGCUGAGGUGAAGGAGAAACAGAAGGCUUGUGAGGAGUAUGAUGAUGCUCUGAGCUCCGGUCAGCAGGCCUUCCUAUUGGAGGAGAGUGAUCAGAGUCCAGAUAUAUUCUCUCUGCGUGUGGGCAGUCUGCCUCCAGGAGAGAGCGCCUCCAUCAGGUUGGAGUACGUCACUGAGCUGGCUGUGCAGGCUGAUGAUGGUCUGAGGUUCUGUCUGCCUGCUGUGCUCAACCCUCGAUACCAACCUCAGGGUAGUGAAGGUGCAGGUGUCCAGGUGACUUCUGUUCCAGCCUCUCUGGUGCCCUACAGUCUGUCUUUUUCUGCCCGAGUGUCCUCUCCUCGUCCAGUCUCUAAAGUAGAGUCCAACUGUUCCCUGGACCCUCUGCAGUACCUCAACACUGAUCAAACCCAGGCCACGGUCAAGCUGGCUGCAGGACACAAGUUUGACAGAGAUGUUGAACUGCUGAUUUAUUACCAAGACGCCCACCAGCCCACUGCUGUGGUGGAGGCAGGACAGGCCUCUGCUGAGCCGGGCUCUCUGAUGGGUGAACCAGUGGUGAUGGUGAGUCUGUACCCUGAGUUCCCCCAGUCUUUGAUGUCUUCAAAGGCUUCACGUGGAGAGUUUGUGUUCUUAAUGGAUCGAUCUGGAAGUAUGAAUUACACUCGCAUCCGCAGUGCCAGGGAUACUCUGCUGCUCCUGUUGAAGAGCUUACCAAUGGGCUGCUAUUUCAACAUUUACAGUUUUGGGUCCAGAUAUGAACACAUCUUCUCCACAAGUGUGAAGUACAAGCAGAAGAAUGUGAAGAUCGCUCUGACGAAAAUUGAGCAGAUGGAGGCUGAUCUUGGAGGAACAGAGAUCCUGGAGCCCCUCAAACAUAUUUACAGCCAGCCAUGCAUUCCUAAACAGCCUAGACAGCUGUUUGUCUUUACUGAUGGAGAGGUGGGGAACACCAAAGAAGUGAUAGAUCUGGUGAAGAAGAAUUCAGAUUCUCACAGGUGUUUCUCUUUUGGGAUUGGGGAAGGGGCCAGCUCUGCUCUCAUCAAUGGGAUGGCCAAGGAAGGAGGAGGUCACCCUCAGUUCAUCACAGGGACUGACAGGAUGCAACCAAAAGUGAUGCAGUCACUGCGAUUUGCUCUGCAGCCGGCUGUGGUCGACAUCUCAGUCACAUGGGAUUUACCAAAGGAAGUGUCCGUCACUGUCCUCUCUCCACCAAUCACAACACUUUUCCAGGGUCAGAGGUCACUGAUUUAUGCCCAGCUCACUGGACAGAGCUCAGAGGCAGCAGAGGGCUGUGUGACGCUGAAGUACAGCCUGGCAGGUCAUCGCUCUAAGAAGAAGCUACACUUCAGUCUCAGACCUGCAGAGGACACUGGAUUAACAGUCCACAGGUUGGGUGCUCGGACUCUGAUUCGCUCCCUGGAGAUGGAGGAUAGAGAGCUCAGAGGACAACAAGAUGGAGGAGUGAAGGAGAAGGUGGUACAGCUCAGUGUCCAAUCAGGAGUGAGCAGUUGUUUCACUGCUUUCAUUGCUGUCAACAGAGAUAACGGCAGGGUGAUUCAAGGACCCAUGAAGCACAAAAAUAUUCCAACACCCAUGACAUCGGCUAUUAGACCAGCAUUGUGUGGACAUGCUGGGGGAACUGACAUGUGGGAUGACUCCAUAGAAGAUCUAGAGGAGGACAUGUGCUAUAACUGUUUAGAUGAGAUGGACUAUGGUGCGUGCAAUAACUCUUUUGGCUCGCUAGUGUCCGACAUCUGGGAUGACUCCAUGGAAGAUUUAGAGGGCGACAUGUGCUAUGACUGUUUAGAUGAGGAGUACAUAAACUAUGUUUCUUCCCCUACGAGUAUCCAAGAGGCAUCUACUGUGCCACAACAAUCUGAUGGUACCCAAGAGGCAUCUACUGUAACACAACAAUCUGAUAGUACCCAAGAGGCAUCUACUGUAACACAACAAUCUGAUAGUACUCAAGAGGCAUCUACUGUAACACAACAAUCUGAUAGUACCCAAGAGGCAUCUACUGUGACACAACAAUCUGAUAGUACCCAAGAGGCAUCUACUGUAACACAACAAUCUGAGAGUACCCAAGAGGCAUCUACUGUAACACAACAAUCUGAUAGUACCCAAGAGGCAUCUACUGUAACACAACAAUCUGAGAGUACUCAAGAGGCAUCUACUGUAACACAACAAUCUGAUAGUACUCAAGAGGCAUCUACUGUAACACAACAAUCUGAUAGUACCCAAGAGGCAUCUACUGUAACACAACAAUCUGAGAGUACUCAAGAGGCAUCUACUGUAACACAACAAUCUGAUAGUACCCAAGAGGCAUCUACUGUAACACAACAAUCUGAGAGUACCCAAGAGGCAUCUACUGUGACACAACAAUCUGAGAGUACCCAAGAGGCAUCUACUGUAACACAACAAUCUGAGAGUACCCAAGAGGCAUCUACUGUAACACAACAAUCUGAUAGUACCCAAGAGGCAUCUACUGUAACACAACAAUCUGAGAAUUGUAGCUACAAACCUGCCAAAAAUGUUGACAACAUCACAAGAGUGUUCUCUCAGAUGAAGAAGAAACUAGUUAAGUUCUGGAAAUCUCGUGAAAUGCCUUUGGAGGCUGAUGAUGCAGCUCCAAAAUCUGUUCCCAAGAAUAAUAUGCAUUCUUCUGUGCCCGAGCAGCCACCCAGAGACCCUUUGCUGCACUUAGUCUCACUCCAGGAGGCGUCUGGCUGCUGGCUGCUUGAUCCAGCUCUGGCUGCUGCACUGGGAAAGACUUGUGAGAAGUUGGAAAAAUCAAAGCCUGCACUGGUCACUAAGGAAGUUUGGGCCACCAUUCUGGCUCUGAUCUGGCUUCAUGGUUUCAAAAUGGAUGCAAAGGACGAGUGGGAGCUUCUUGCUAUGAAGGCUGCCUCAUGGAUCCAUGCUCAGAAUGCACCUCGUGUGACAAAGUGUGUGGAAGCUGGAAAUGUACUGUUGGGAUGCAGUGUGAAGAAAGAAGCUCUGGGGCUGUGAAGAGUUUCUUAAAGUCAUUUGCUUUUGGGAUUGGCUUACAAGCAGUUCUGCUCCCCAGUGCUGUGCUAUACAUCUACCCUGUCAUAAUUGAAUACUGUUAAUAUUUUAUUUUUGUUUGUUUUGUGCUAAUUUUGAAGAAUUUAGUAUUUUAAUAUAUUGUCUACCAAAGCACUUUGUGAACAACUUUUAAAUGUGCCAUAUGUGGAUUUUUGAAAUACUGUAAACUGCAGUGCACUGGAUUUUAAGCUUGAAAGAUGAAAACUAAAAAACUAACAGAACAAACACCAGCAUGGUAUUGUAAAGCUUUUCGUUUUGAUUGAUAUCUUUCCACAAUGCAACACAGUAACAACGUAAGAGUAACAAGGAGGAUACUGUUGCUCACAAGUGGGAAGGACUGAAAUAUUGAAAUACCACACCUGUGUUUCCAGUGUUGAAAGUUAAAAAACUUUAAUAUGUAUUAAGAUUUAAGAUUUGAAAUAUUAAUGCCAGAAAAGAGCUUGAAUCAGUUGUACAGUAAUGAUGGAAGUCAAAAUACAGUCACUUCUUCUAGACUAUCCGAUUUUAUAACUAUUCUUCACCAUUUUAAUAUGAAAUAUUAUUUUACAUUGGAACCAGCAGCAGGCUGCACCAUCAAACCAGUGAUCCUGAAUACAGAGACCAGCCACAACACUGACCUGCUGUUUUCUUUGAGCCAGGUCAUCCUGCUCGGCUGUCCUGUUAAGUGCAGACAGGUUAGGUUCUGAAUUCCUUGUGAAGUGUUGUUUCUGGAAAAAAAAGGCACUUAAAAGUCAAUAGCAAAUGAUCAAUAGAAACAUGUAACAAAUGACAACUAUAAAUACAUCAAGGAUUCAUCAUGAUGACAUCAGUGACAAUUCAAUUCAUCCAUCCAUCCAUCCAUUUUCUUCCGCUUAUCCGGGGCCGGGUCCCGGGGGAGCAGCCCAAGCAGAGAAGCCCAGACCUCCCUCUCCCCAGCCACCUCCUCCUCCUCC